UUUACCGAGUCUAGCCUUAUCCAACCAUGAGAUCCCAACGAACAUUUAUUUUAUCAUACGGCAGCGGCAACAAGAAUUGUACCGGCACGCGUGUGCAAAACAGAUAAAGUGCCCAUGCCGGAAGAUUGGAGAGACAAGGUGCAUUCCUUAUAUGUGAACCUAGACGAAUACCUUUUGAAUCAUAUAAAUAUAAAUGGGAGCCGCGGACCAAUUAUGUGAAUGACUGAAUUUUUAAAACUAUUCUGAAUAAAAGGGGGGGUUGUCAUCAUCAAUCCACUCAGGAGGGUUUCUAUAAUUGGCCUGGCUUGUUUUUAGGCCGUCCCAGUUCACACCGUGGGGGGUGAGGGUGGUUACACAUAAAUAUGGCCUGUCUUUUGAGUGUGAAACCAGCUGACUUGCACACUGAAAAUGGAGUCGAGUGGAUCUGAGAGUCUGUUCUCCAUGAGCCCACCCCCAGCUCCAAGGAGGAGACAGAGAGAACCAAGAAGGCCUCUACUCGCUGAAGAUUCUAACAUCGCCAGGCGAUUGUUUCCUCCAGCCAUUGAAGAACAGGGUCCAGCCCCCAUUUCAGAAAGCAUGGAUGCUGUACAACAACAUGAGCAGAUGAAUUUCACCUUUCACAACUUGGUUAUGAUGGGGGGUCCCUAUCUCCAGCUGUGGCGAGAAGAAGCAGGCCUGGGAGGCUUUGACCUGUGGCCUAUUCUACCUUCGGAAAGGAGAUCAGCGUUUAAGAAGCUAUUGAAAGCCGCUGUUUGCGUCAUUUUGGGGCGUUGUGAGCUACAUAUGGACAUGUCUCGCUGUGAUGGCUGUAGAUAUGACCAAGGGAACCAGGAAGCUCAUGAUUGCUUAUCACGUGGUUCUGAUUUUUAUGAUCGAAUUCUGACUGAAAUAUGCCAGAAUCUGAAAAUAUUGCCUGUGUUAAAAAUGUGUCUGUUUUUAGGUUGUGCUUUAGACUGUUUUGCUGUCACGCAAAACACUGUCCUUUAUAUUGGAAAAUUGGUUAUGAAAAUUGGUAACGCUGAGAGUCCCGCAGCUGUACUCGAAAAGUUUAGACAGAAAUGUCUGCCAGAAUAUGUGGCCUUGGUAAAAAAAUACCUGUCCCAACCACACAUGGUUGAAAACCUUCUUGAAAUCUUUUUGUAAAGAUGUGUGCAAGGGUUUCUAUGGAAAAAAUAAAACUCUGUAUAUGUAAAAUCAACCUUUACAGCUUUCAAGAUAAUCAUGUAAAAAUAAAUCUGAAUAUGUGGUAUUAAUAAAACACAACACAUUUACCCUUAUUGAAAAAUAAAACUCUGUAUAUGUAUAAUCAACCUUUGCAGCUUUCAAGAUUAUCAUGUAAAAUAAAUCUG